AUGAGUCAAGAUUCUAGCAAGAAACUCACUCCUGAGAUGAAUGCUUACGGAGUAAAGGUAAUGGGUCUGAAAUCCAAAACCCCAAAAUCUUCAAGGGUUUCCAAAUCCUCUCCUCAUACCAGUGAAAUCGCAAUUGCUCAAGGUAUCUCUCAACCAUCAUCUGAUCCGCACAAGAAGAAAGGGAAAAAGGCACGAUCCAAGUCAGAUGCGUCCAAAGCGAAGAGGAAGAUGGUAACGAGAGGCUCUGAGGCUACUCAGAGAGUGAAUUCCGAGGCUGAGAUCAAUCCAAGUACGGGUGACGAUGUUGAUGAUUCUCGUAUCACUGAAGUGUUGGAAACUCCUCUCAAGGAAGUUUUACAUGCAAAUGUAGAUCCAAUUGUUCCAUCACCAAGCAACAACCAAUCAAGCCACGGUGUUGAUACUGAUUGCAACAAGGAUUCUGAUCAUCUUGAGGAAGAGGAUGUUAUUGAAAACUCAGAAUCUGAUGAGGUGUUGAUCAACACCCUUGGUGCUUCUGCUUCUGUUGCUUCAAAAAGGCAAAAGAUGACUGUUGUUCGUAAGUACUCUACGCGUUCCUCUGGCAAGAAGUUAGGUUUGGGUUUGAGUGAGAACAAGAAGAGCAAGAAGGUCAUUAUUCUUGAUGAUGAUACUCCUGUUGUCCAGAAUGUCAAGAGAAAGGUUCACAAAGAUAAUGCUGCUCCUGUUGUUGAUGAGACUCCAACUGAGGAGUUGGAUAAGUCAGAUACUGGUUCUGCUGCUCGGAAGCGCAAGAUUGGGAAACGAAUUCCAGAAAAUGUGCCUGCUGCUCCUUUGGAUAACAUUUCUUUUCACUCUGAAGAGAGUGUUGGUAAGUGGAAGUAUGUUUAUCAGCGCAGGAUUGCUCAAGAGAGGGAAUUGACUGGUGAGAUUCUGCAUUGUCAAGAAAUUAUGAAACUUCUUGAGGCUGCUGGGUUAUUGAAAACUGUUACUGAGAUAGGUGGCUGCUAUGACAAGUUGGUGAGAGAAUUUAUUGUGAAUGUGACUACAAAUUGCACUGUUUCUGGGCAUCCUGAUUUCAGGAAAGUUUUUGUGCGUGGUAAGUGUGUCCAUUUUUCACCUGAGAUCAUUAACCAGUAUUUGGGAAGGAGCACUGUUGCCACAGGAAAUGAAGAGCUGUCAUUGAGUGCUAUCACUAAAGAACUCACGGCUGGUCAGACUAUGGUAUGGCCUGCUAAAGGAUUGCUGUCUUCUACUUAUUUGAGUGUGAAGUAUGCUAUCUUGAAUCGCAUUGGUGCUGCAAAUUGGGCUCCUACCACUCCAUUGAAUAUAGCAUUCAGCGCUUUAGAGUUGCCCAACGCUUCCUCAUCCUCUUCUUUAUUCCAUUCAUCCUCAGGUUUCAAUUCACCAACAGAUGACCCUUCCUUGGGUAUAUUGACCGGAUGUUUCCAACCUUUGACAAUAGCCUUCCAGGUCUUGCUGUCAAUUGAUUUAAGAAACGCAAUCAUACGCGCCUUCCAGUAG